GGUUACCUUGUGUGGUCAUUUAAGUGUUCAGACAUGGUCGUGCUUUACCUUUUCUAAUUUCAAAGGAACCACAGCAAAAGGCCACCAUGAGGUUUGAGAACAUCCUUGCCGACAUCAAUGGAUUUGGAAGAUUUCAGGUCAUGAUCAUCGUGAUCAGCUUCAUCGGACGCUUCACAUUGCCGUGCCACUUCAUGCUCAACAACUUCAUAUCGGCGGUUCCUGCACAUCACUGUGACAUCAGCUCUCUGGAUGAUGGAGGUAUUUUUGGGAAUUUAUCAGAGGCGGAGAAGCUUGUUGUUGGUAUUCCAUUGCAGGACGACGGGACUCCAAGCUCCUGUCAGAUGUUUGCAAAACCCCAGUAUCAUCUGCUGUUCAACUCCUCCAACACGACCGAGCUCCCCACUGUGUCCUGUCAGAAUGGAUGGGUGUACGAUAACACCACCUUCAAAUCUACUCUGACUUCACAGUGGGACCUGGUAUGUGAUAGCAAAGGCAAAAACAAGGUAACUGCGACCAUCUUCUUCAUUGGAGUGAUGUUUGGAGCUGUGACCUUUGGAAGUUUGAGUGACAGGUUUGGCCGGAGGAAGACGCUGCUGGGGUCCUAUGUGUCCGCAAUGUUGUUUGCUUUCACAAGUGCAUUUUCUACAACCUAUGGGAUGUUUGCGGUGCUGAGGUUCUUCACCGGCUUCUGCAUCACUGGCAUCAUCAUUGUCUCAGCAGUGCUUAGUGUGGAGUGGGUGGACGUUGAGCACAGAAAACUGGUGGCAGUGGUGGACAGCUUAUCAUGGACAUUUGGAAUGAUAUGUUUUGCUGCCAUUGCGUACUUUGUGAACGACUGGCGAUGGCUAAUUGUUUGUGUCACAUCACCUCUGAUCGUGGCCCUCAUCACCUGGAGGUGGAUGCCAGAGUCGGCUCGGUGGCUCAUUGCAAAUGGAAAGCUGGAGCAAGCUCAGAUGUAUUUGACAAAAUGUGCCGAAAUUAACCAGCGAGAGAAGUUCAUUACUACACUUAAAACGGAGACAUUAUCCACAAUUGUUGUGACAGAAAAAAGAGACCGAUCUUAUUCCUACAUCGAUCUAAUACGAACAUCCAAGAUGAGGAAAAUGGCCAUGAAGACUGGUGUAUUGUGGUUUUGUGUGGCAACCACCUUUUAUGGCAUCAGCUUCAACCUCACAGGCUUUGGCCUCAAUAUCUACCUCGCUCAGUUUGCCUAUGCUUCAAUUGAGCUCCCAGCCAAACUAGCAGUGUACUACUUACUGGAUAAGGUGGGAAGGCGAAGCACCGAGGUGGGAGCUCUGCUGCUGGCGGGACUCUGUCUCGCUAUCAACAUUGUGGUACCUAAAGAUAUGUCUGUUGUCAGAUCUGUGGUAGCGGUCAUUGGAAAAGGGUUUUCAUCAGCAUCCUUUACAACUGUGGUUCUCUACAGCACUGAGCUCUAUCCCACUGUCGUGAGACAGAAUGGCAUGGGCUAUAACUCCUUCAUGGCUCGGUUUGGCGUAGCUGUGGCUCCACUGAUCCUCUUACUGGACGACAUCUGGAAGGAGCUGCCACAGGUUGUCCUGUGCUCUAUAGCUCUCCUUGGUGGGAUAGUGGCAAGAAUGCUGUCAGAGACACGCAACAGGUGCCUGCCAGAAACCAUAGAGGACGUCGAACAGAAGUAUAGUCAACAGACGCUGACGGGAGAGAAGAUCCAGUCAGCUCAUGAGUGAAAAGUGGUUUGUUUUAAAAAUAAAACUGAAUACAGAAAAAACAUGUGAAUUAAACUUUUGUAGGAAAAUGAUGAUUGCUGAUAAAUACUGAAUGACUAUAGGCCCAAUAACAUUGGGGUAAAAUUACUUUACACCAAAGUCAGUCAAUUAUAAUCAGGGAUCUUUGUUUAACUAUAAAUAGAUUUGCAUGUGUGAUAGUUUUAAACCUGAUAAACAGUGUUUUAACAAUGUUUUGUUUUGAAUCAUAUGAACAGUUAUUUACUUGAACAAUAUCGUAGUACAAAUGUGGAAAACUAGAAUUACCUCAGUGACUGUAUACCUCCAGUAAAUAAAUGAUACACAGAUUACAUAAA